CCCACCUUCUCAAGCAUGCUGGAUUUGUUUUGUUUUGCUUGAGAAAGAAAACCCGGUGUUUUUGCGAUUUAAACUAUUAUAUUAUGAGCAUUAAGGUGUAUUUACCCCUCAACUACUAUUACCUCAAGAAGCCCACGGAUCUGUACGGCCAAGUACAAAUAAACGAAGACAAUGUCGUGGCGUACUACGUAUUGGAGGCCUCCGAUUUGGAGUUUCGCGACAAGGCCGUAAAUCAUGAAGCGAGCAAUAUGCGUUUUUUGGGUUCUAUCCUGAGCGUGGACUUCAAUGCAGACCAAAAUCAGUAUCUUAAGUUCAACAUGCGACUGUGCUUCACAUACAACAGCAGUCGGGCGAAUAUAAGCCUGGUUUACACCGGCAUUACGCCAGAGUAUCUCAAGCACAUAAAGCUGAUACUCUACGAGAAAGCCAUGAUACGAAAUCUGUUUAUUGGCGGGGAAUCCGUGAAUAGGCGAUCCACAGAACACGGCGAUAGCGAUAGCGGCGCAUGCGACUUUGUCGAGCUGUGCAGGCUCACACAAUCCACGCUUGAGACCCAAAAUAUCGCAGGAAAACAGGCCAAAAAGAGUGUCCUCCAUGGGCUAACCCUCAUUGCCGACUUUCCCAUAGCGAUAUUCAGAUAUAUUGCUGAAAAUGUGUUUGUCAACAGCAUAAUGGUUCAUACCAGCAUCUACAAGCAUUUCAGGGAGUGGCAGACCACAUGUGAAGAGGGGUCUCGCCCGCCUAAUAUUGCACUUGACAGAGCUUUGGGGAUCAUACUGAUGUUAAUACUCUUCUCCCUAGCCACACAGCCGGGAGACUUUCUUAUACAAAUAUCCCACUACGUUAUUGACCAGCUGUACAGCCUGUUAAAAGUACUGGAGGGCAGUCCCAUUGGCCUCAAGCUGAACAUACACCUGAACAAUUUCUUUCUGGACUGCUUUAAGUAUCACAUUGAAUUGUGGUCGACAUUUUUGGACUUUAUCGAACCCUUGGUGCGACAAGUUUUCUUGGCCAUUGGAGCCUUCGGCUGUUUGGGUCUUACAUUCCAGAUAGCGCUACUAGAGGACCUUAUAUCCAUUAUUGGGUUGCACUCGCAUUGCUUCUAUAUCUAUACCAAAGUGCUCUACAAUGUGGAAAGAAAAGGUCUUUCGGUACUGUGGCAGGUGGUUCGAGGAAACCGGUACAAUAUUUUAAAGGGUCGCACUGAGUCCCAUAACUAUAUGAAUCGUCAGUUAUAUCUUGCAACCAUAUUUUUCUCCGCCAUUCUGUUCUUAUUUCCCACAACCCUCGUCUACUAUGUAGUUUUUGCUGCCCUCAAGGCGCUUACUUUCGCCACUCUCAGCAUCUUUGAGUUCUUCCGAAGACAGAUACUGAGUCUACCGAUUGAAGGGUGUAUGAGACCGUUCUUAAAAGGAUGCCAUGAUAUAGAUUGCCUGCAAAUCAAGGAUGUCUCACCCCAAGAAAGCGCCUUUCUGAUACAUAAAAAUCAGAAAAUCAGCGUGACCGUGUACAAAAUUACAGCUGUGUGAACCAAAUAUAUAAUAUUAAAGAAAAUGACUAGCAGAACGUAUAAAUGUUAUAAUUAAUUUAUUAUUUAUAUAAAUCUUAUUUGUAGUUAUAGGUGUCAUAGUCUUAAUCGAGCCUUGUAAAAAACUUUCUGUUUUUAAAUAUAAUAUGAGAUAUAAAAUAAUAAGUUAUAAGAUAUCUAUU